CAGGAAGCCAGAAAAAACCCAGCCCCGGCGGCUCUCCAGUUUCCAGUCUCGUGCGCCUCUCUCCCUCCCUGUCGCCCUUCUCCCAAUCGGCUUGGUCUCUCGUCGCGCACGCCCCAUGGCCCCCUGCUAUGCUAGUGCCAACGGAACCCUAGGCCGCUAGUGCCGCCGGAGGAACCAAAUCGAGGGGCAGUGCAGGAAAAUCGAUCCAUCGAGGGUGACACCGGCAAAUCGUGGCGGCACAUCGCCGGCCAGCGUUUCCGGGUUCCGGCUGGGCGCUGCAGCGCGCACCGCGCGGGAUAGGCGGAGUGCCAACAGGCAAACCGCGCAGUGACCAGGCAGCUAGCAGGUAUGCCCCUUCAAUCAGGCACAUCUUCCUGCUCAGAUGAUUCCGAUGAUAGCAAUGCCAUUGACCCAAUUGGCAUAUAUACUAUGGAAGAAUACAUUGCUGAGCAAAGUGUCCUGCACAAUUUACUUGAGCGGAUCGGUGUGAAGAUUCAGGCCAAAAUCGAAGCACAACAAGCUGGUACAUCUCGCCGCCGGAGUGGUUUUAACAGGAAAUUCAUAGAGAGAGAUCAUGGAGAGGGUCAUCAACGGCUUGUCGCUGAUUUCUUUUCUGAAGAUGCAGUCUAUAAUGAAAAAUUAUUCAGAACAAGGUACCGAAUGAGAAGGCCUCUCUUUCUACGUAUCGUCCGUGCCCUAGGCGAUUGGUCUCCCUAUUUCACUAAAAGGACAGAUAUUUGUUAUCGCCAAGGGCUCUCACCUCUGCAGAAGUGCACAGCGGCUAUUCGUAUGUUAUCUCGUGGCUGCCCAUCAGAUGCUGUUGACGAAUAUGUACAGAUUGGUAAGAGCACAGCAAUGGAGUGUUUGGAGCGGUUUGCAGAAGGGGUGAUUGACAAGUUUGGCGGAGAAUAUUUGCGUGGGCCUACUAGUGUUGAUAUUCAGCGACUACUACAAAUUGGUGAAGGCUGUGGCUUCCCUGGCAUGUUGGGAAGCAUUGGUUGCAUGCAUUGGGAUUGGGAAAAUUGCCCUCCUAAAUGGAUGCGUCGACUUAAUCAUAGUGAUCAUGGUUUCGCCACAUUUGUUCUUGAAGCUGUUGCUUCACAAGAUCUCUGGAUAUGGUACGCUUCUUUGAAUGUUGUUGGGUCCAUCAGUGACAUCAGUGUUCUUGAUCAGUCACCGGCGUAUAAUGAAAUCUUGAAAGGGCAAGCUCCCCAGAUGCAAUUCUCCAUCAAUAAGAGUCAAUACAAUAUGGGUUACUACCUUGCAAAUGAAAUCUACCCAGAAUGUAAUGUAUUUGUUAAGACAAUACCCUUCCCUCGGACAGAAAAGGAAAGGUUGUUUGCACAGCAUCAAGAAGAGGCAAGGAAGGAUGUCCAAUGUGCAUUUGGAGUCAUGCAAUCUCGUUUUCCCAUUGUUCGUGGUCCAAUACGCUAUUUCCCACGGGCAACUCUUGCAAAAAUCUUUCAAGCUUGUGUCAUACUCCAUAACAUGGCAGUUGAGGAUGAGAAAGAUAUGGCAAGUGCUUGCUUUGACUCAGGUGAAGUUAUGGGAACAUCAGCUGUUCUACCGUCAAACAUCAAAACUGGGCCUGCCAAUUGCUUAGCCAAUAUACAACAGAGGAAUGCUACUCUUUGUAGUCUACCAACACAUGACCAACUAAGAAGGGACUUAAUCGAGCACAUCUGGCAGCAGUUUGGCCCAUUUGGUGACAAGUAAAAUAAGUUCUCCUAGUCUAAAGUUUAUAAUGACAUCCUUUGAUGCACACUAGCAUGUGCUGCUACCGUUGAUGCUUGGAACUGAGGGUGAGGGAGAUAUAUAUGCUUGGAACUGUAUUUGGCAUCCACAUACUGAGUAGCAAUAAUCCCCCUUCAGUAGCCUUUUACCACUAUUUUUAUGUGAUGCCAUCCUGAACGCUCAAAAUUGUCAACAAGCAAGAGAUAUUAGUCUCACAAUGUUUUUUCUCUUUUUUUUUACUGGGCCAUCAUCGUUGCUGUUAUUGUUUAAUGCAGUCUACUUUAGGCUACGAGCAGUACCAAACUACCAGUCCGUUUAAAAAGAUUUUAUCAUGAA